AUGGCCAAGAAGAAAAAGCAAAACACACAAGAGAAAGCCAACACAAAUGAAGUGAACAACACUCCAAAUAGUAACAAUAAUAACAACAAACAGAAUAAUACUCCGAAUAAUAAUAACAAGCAAAAGCCAAACAAUAAUAACAAUAACAACAACAAAAAGCAAAAGAAGGCUCAACCUACUAAUAAUAACAACAAGAAUGCAAAUAAUUCAACAAGUAACAAUGUAAAAUUGGACAAUUCAAAUAGUAAUAAGGAAGUAGUCAACAAGCCAAAUAAUAAUUCAAAUAAGUCUGCCAAUAACAACACUCCGAAUACUAAUAACAAACAAACCAAGAAAAAGAAUAAUGAACCAACAAAUAACAACAAACCUCAAAAUAAUUCAAACAAUGCAGCCAAUAACAAUAAGAAGCCUGAUGAUUCAAAUAAGAAGAGUCAACCAACAAAGUCUGCCAAUAACAACACUCCGAACACUAAUAAUAAUAACAAACAAACCAAGAAGAAGAAUAAUGAAGCCUCAAACAACAAACAACCACAGAACAAUGUAAAUAAUACUGUGACUCUUAAUGAUUUAACUUCUGAAGCCAACAAGGCAAAUCGUAGUACUUCUGAAAAGGCUGCUGCUAUCAUUCAUGAGCAAAUGGAAAUUCCAAAAGUCUUCUCCUACAAGAGAAUUUCACCAAGAACCACCAUGGACGCAAAGACUGAAGCUCUUGUUAAGAAAUUAGGAAGAGUUGCUUUUAAUUACAAGAAGAAAGACUUUUUUGAGCAGCAGAAACCUAGAAUUACUCAUGGAAUCAAAAAUUUGAAGAGAGCACUCGAGUCAGAUUCUUCUUCUUCUUCUGAAGAUUUGGAGGAUUAUGAGGUGGAUCCAAAAUUCUUUAAGGAUGAAGAAGAUUUUAUUCCAUCAGAGGAGGAAAGCUAUUCAGAAAAUAGUAGUGAUGGUUAUGAUGAAGAUGAGGAUAUGGAAAAAUAUGUAAUGAACUAUGACACUUAUAUGACAAAAAAACGAAGAAUGCUGAAAUCAAUGGAAUAA